AUGAACAUCAGCAUCUGCAUCAGUAUCAGAAGAAUCAGCAUCAGUAUGAUCAACAUCAGCAUCAGCUUCAGCAACAACAGCAUCAGUGUCAGUAGCAUUAGCAUCAGCAGCGUCUGCAUCAGCAGCAUCUGCAUCAGCAGCAUCUGCAUCAGCAGCAUCAGCACCACAUCAGCAGUUUCAGCAUCAGCUUCAGCAGCAUCAGCACUAUCAUCAUCAGUCGCCAUUAGCGUUAGCAGCAUUAUCAGCGUUGCAUCAUCAUUAGUGUCAUCAGCGUCACCAACAAUAUCAUCGUCAGUGACAGCAGCGGGAUCCAUCAUCAGUGACAGCAGCAACAUUGUCAUCAGCAUCAUCAGCAUUAGUUUCAUCAGCCUCAGCAGCAUCAGCAUCAUCAGCGUCAUCUUCAGCAUUGUAAAUGCCAGCAGCAUCAGCAACAUCAGCAUCAGUGUCAGCAGCAUCAGCCUCAGCAGCAUCAGCAUCGCAUAUGCUUCGGAAGCAUCAGCAUCACAUCAGCGGCAUCAGCAGCAUCUGCAUCAGCAGCAUCAGCACCAGCAGCAUCACUAUCGCAUCAGCAGUAUCAGCAUUAGCUUCAUCAGCAUCAUCAUCAGCAUCAUCCGCAUCAGAAGCAUUAUUAUCAGAGUCAUCAUCAGCAUCAUCAGAGUCAGCAACAUCAGCAUCGGAUGUCAGCAGCAUCAGCCUCAGCAGCAUCAGUAUCAAAUAAGCUUCAGAAGCUUCAGUAUCAGCAUCAUAAGCGUCAUCAUCAGCAUCAUCAGCGUCAUCAUCAGCAUCAUUAACGUCAGCGGCAACAGCAGCCUCCACAUUAGCAGCAUCCGCAUAAGCAGCAUCAGCAUCAGCAGCAUCAGCAUUGCAAAAGCCGUUUCAGCAUUAGCUUCAUCAGCAUCGGCAUCAUCAGCAUCAGAAGCAUUAUUAUCAGUGUCUUCAGCAGCAUUAUUAGCGUCAGGGUCAUCAUCAGCGUCAUCAUCAGCGUCAUCAUCAGCGUCAUCAGCGUCACCACCAUUAUCAUCGUCAGCAACCAGUAGCAUCAGCAGCAUCCACAGAGUCAGCAGUAUCAUCAUCACUGUCAUCAGCAGCAUCAUUAGCGUCAGCGUCAUCCUCAGCGUCACCAGCAUUAUCAUCGUCAGCGUCUGCAUUAGCAUUGUCAGCGACAGCAGCAACAUCGUCAGAAGCAUUGUCAGCAUCAGCAUCAGCUUCAUCAGCAUCUGGAGUGUCAUCAUUAGCAUCAACAGCGUAAUCAUCAGCAUCAGCAGCGUCACAAUAUCAGCGUUAGCAGCAUCAUCUUUGUCAUCGACAGCAGCAGCAUUGACAGCAGCAUCAGCAUCAGCAAUAUCAGUAUCAUCAACACCAUCAGCAUAUGAAUCAGCAUUAUCAUCAGCAGCAUCGGCAUCAGCAGCAUCAGCAUCAGUAUCAGCAGCAUCAGCAUCAGCUGCAUCAGCGUCAUCCAUAGCAUCAUCAGCCAUCAGCAUCAGCAGCAUAAGCAUCAGUAUCAUCAGCAUCAGCAUCAGCACAAGCAUCGCAUCAGCAGCAUCAGCAUCAGCUUCAGCAGCAUCAGCAAUAGCAUCAUCAGAAUCAUCAGCACCAUCAGGUCCGCUCAUCACAGCCCUGCCCUCAUCAGGAAAUGUCUGGACAGAAACGUGCAGAUCGCUUUUAUCCACACUCUCCGCUCCGUUCAGCUUUAAAUUUGGUACGUGA